AUGCUCCAUGACGAGCGUGAGCCAAGUGUGCAUGUCGCGCGCACAAUAUCACGGACAAGCGCUCUGCAUGCGCAAUAUUGGAUCCGCAAGGACGCACAGUCGAUCAGAUAUGUACCGAGGGAUGGGCUGCCCGUGCUUUGCGCUGUCGAUGGAGCCGGCGCGAGCCAAGCCAGCGUAACACACCGGACUCCCGCCCGUCAGAUCCAUCCGCCCCGCUACUCCUCCUCUCCAUCCUCUCCUACCCGCCGUAACUAUCCCUCUGUAUCCACCAUCUCUUCUGUGCUAUCCUCCCCGAAGCCUACAGCCUACAUCCUCCAGCCCAACCCCUCCCACCGCCGCUGCAGCUGCAGCUACCGCAGCUCUAGUCGGUGCCAGCCCCGCCACAGCAGCCUCCGGCACCCGCAAAGUCCUGCACUCCAAACGAUCCUUCGGCACAAAACACUCCCUCGCCCACAACCGCCCCGUGCUCGACUCGCCCGCCUACGACGCCUCCGAGGAAGACAACGACCCGCUCACCGACGACGGCGCCUCCGCCAUCUCCGUGCACGUCUCCGCCCCGCCCGCCGCGCGCCCCCCGGGCCGUCCUCCUCGCGCAACGGCCUGAGCGCACGCGGCCUCGGCCUGCGCCCGCGCCACGCCCUCGCCGCGGCCGUCGUGUCGUCCGACGACGGCGGGGUCGACUCCCCCACCUACGACGGCGACGUCGAGAGCAUCAUCACCACGCGCGGCGGGCUCCUCGGCCGCGAGACCCCCCGGUACGCGUCCAGCAUCGCGUCCACCCUCACCUCGCCCCUCCUCUCCUCCUCCGUCCUGCCCGAGAGCGACGACCCGCCCGAGACGGCCGGCGAGGAGGCCCACGCACCCGCAGGGCCCGCGGUCGCCCCCGCGACGGCCUCAGCGGAACCCAACGCGCAGGACCCCCCAGCAGCGCCCGCGCCCGCGCUCGCGCUCACGCUCGCCCCCACCGAGCCCGCCCCCGCGCCGAUCUCGGUGCAGGCCUUCAACCCGGCGAACCUCACCCCAGCGGACAUCCAGGAGUACGCGCGGGCGUGCAUCGCGGGGACGGAUCCGCACGGCUCGCAGCGCCAGUACCGCAUCAACGCGCCGCCGGCGGACCGCGCCGUGCGCAUCUACGCGGACGGGGUGUACGACCUCUUCCACUUCGGGCACGCGCUGCAGCUGCGGCAGGCGAAGCUCGCGUUCCCCCGCGCGCGGGCGCGGGCGCGGGCGCGGUGUCGGGCGUGCAUCUGCUCGUGGGGGUGA